AUAGAUGCAUUCAAUGCAAUUAGCUCGAUUAUCAUACAACAGACGCCAAAGCUGCCUCUUUGGGUGAAUCCUGCAGAUCUGAAGCAUUUGGUGGCAGCACUUCAGAAGCAGGAGGACAUAACGAAGAGAAGACUGAGACUUUCCGUCAGUGACGCCGAGCUGCUCAACAACAAGCCUCUCAAUCCACCCUCACCAUCCUGAAUCUGUGUCCGUGCGAACUGCAUUAUUUCCUGCAAACUGCAAGAGAAACUCCUCCAGGCACCGCGAACAUGAACUGGAAGCUGGGUGGCAAGGCGUUGAAGUGACAGUCAGAGACGCUGUUCACACCUAGCAUUUGCGUCCACUCUCAGCAGGCACUGAGACGAGACAGAGAUGCUGAUGUCUGGGACGCUCCCUCGCCUCCUCCUGGCGGGCACCUGUCUCUGUGUCUACGGGACCCCCGUCCACCUCCAGAGCUACACCAGCAACUGUGACGGAAAGUGUAGCAGCUCGGCAACAUUCGUUGUAUCAACGCACGCCACAGAUAAAGAGCCCACACAACAUGUGACUGGCCUGGUUUUAAAUAUAGAAGGAGGCGCUGGCCCACAUGCACGACCUGAGCGGAGAGCUUCGGUGACGCAGACUGAAAACGGGGACAGCCUCGAUGGAAGAUCUGGGCCGAGAGAGGCUGGAGGAGAGGCACGGAGCCAAAGGAGCAGGGUAAAGAAGGACGGGAGCUCGUCUGAGAUGGGGGACGGGAGCAGACAGUCGGCUUCAGGGCUGUCUGCUGAUCCACACGGUGGGAAGGUGCCUGUGUCCGAUCCCACAGGUGGGACGCAGCAGGUGGACUCAGCAGUGAGGUCAGCAAGGUCGACUCCAGAUGGAUUUUCAUCCUCCUUCACAACGUCAUCACAGCUGGGCAUCACAUCCAGGCAGGUCAGAGACCAAAAUGAGGAGGACUGGUCCAAAGUACCCGGUGAUUCUCUGGAGGACUCGGAAACAAGCUUGCCAUCCUCUACAGAACCUCCAAACUCUGGAUUAUGGAUCCAGAAACUGACCUCCCGCAGUCCCAUCCCUCCCUCUGUCUUUGCCUCCCCUCAAACCUACACACAUUUGUCAAUUUGGGGUCAUAAUGGAGCUACAAUGUCCUCCCUUCCAGACCCCUUGUUACCUGAACUGGGACCAAACCUGAUGCCCAGAGAGGAUGGACCUGAGAGCCUGUGGACUGAGGCGGCAAGGCCCGGGGAUGUGGACACUGUGGUCCCGCCCUCUGAGGACGAGGCCACUGAGGGCACCAUGUCUUCAGAGGCUCUCCCUCUCAUCUUCGAGCCUUUCGAAGAUGUGACAGCGGAGGGGGGGGCAGCAGAGGCCGUGGCAGCGGUCACCGCGGUGCCCGGCAGCGCUCAGCCUCCUGCUGCCAUGGCGACAGGAGGAAUGCAUCAGGUGGAUCUGGACCAGCUGGUCACCGUGGAGACAGACAGCGACGGUCCCUCACACGCCCUGCCACUGCUGAUGCCAGACUGGACGUCAUCGUGGCAGGCGUCCGGCGGGGAGCUGCUGGAGCCAAUCGGAUCAUUGGGACCGUCUGUCUCAGAGCGGAGGGACGGAGCCGAGGAUCAAACUGAGAGAGGUGAUGUGAGGACGGAAAACCUUGAGGAGAACUUGCCCACCACCGACCCCUCCUUCUCAUCCCUCCAGCAUGCUAUGACAACGGUAUCCAUGGCAACCAAUCAUCCGGAGCACAAAUCCAGAUCAGGGUUAGAGGAGAUGGAGUCUGAGGAGGAGACAGAUGAAGAGGAUGAGGAUGAGAACUCUGAGGAAUCGAUCGAGGAUGACAGCAAGGAGGACCUAACAGAGACACCUAAAACCUUCUCAACGAGGCUUCCGUACAGCCUCAUUCCUCCACCUCCUCUCUGGGUCCAACGCAACCAGGGGCUGAUGCGGAGCUGGUUAGAGUUGAUCAGAGAAAAGGCGGGUUAUGUGUCCGGGAUGUUGGCCCCUGUGGGCAUAGGCAUCACUGGGGCCCUGUUAAUCGUCUGCGCCCUCUACAGCAUCAGGAUGAUUCACAGCUUCAAACACCAGAGGAGGAAGGUCAGGCAGCAAGAGCAACCUCGAGAGCCGGGGACCAGCCGUCAGGACCAGGCCAUGCUGCUGGCUGACAGCUCUGAAGAUGAGUUCUGAUGAGACCCUGCUGGGCUCUUUUUUGUCGGUGACCAAUAGCUGAUGUUCCUGUAAUGGAGGCUCAGCAAACAACCCCAUCACUAUGACUACAGCAUCUCCCAUCACCCUGGGCUGUUUGGCUAUGUCUCAUCUGAUCCACAGAAUGUGACUGAGUAGAGGACACAAUUUGCACAGGCUGCACAGAGUUCCGCUUUGUAUCCCACCACUUCUAAAAGAACCAAUGUGAGCACUUUUCUGAAUGUUGUCAGGUGAUGUUGAUUCUAAUGGCUUGACAAGGCUGGCGUGAUGUACUUCAACAUAAAAGAUUAUAUUGAUGCUUCUAAAAAAAUGCAUCAGCAGGGUAAUGGCAGGAUUAAAGUGUUGCUGAUAAAUUGUUGGAGUUGAGAGGCAAAGUGUGGACCAGCAGGAUGUCUGUCAAGCAGUAAAAAAGGGCUGCAGAAGAGAUACAUCACAUCAACAAUGUAGGCCUACAUAUAUUUACUGUAUAUGUAACUGACUUGGGGUCAGUUGUUUGAGUGUAAAUACAUUUUAAUUUCUUCCUAAAUGUGGAUAUUUAUAUUAUUCAACAGUUUGUUUAAUAUGCUUAUUUGUUUUUUUUGCCAAUAGUUAGAUGACAAGAAUGAUAGCACUCUCAAAUCUGACAGUUAGCUGGAGCUAGCAGCCGGUUAGCCUAGCAUGAAGAAUGGAGGGAAACAGCUAGCUUUGCCCCUGUUCAACAAACUAAACCUUUUAAAACUCAUUUUGGUUUGUUUAACACUUAUUAGAAAAUAAGUGUUGAAUUGAUAAGUUGCUGUUUGAUAGUGGAAACGUGUCAAACAUUUAUUCGGCUUAGAGCAGUGACUGCCUGGAGUAGUUACCUUACAACUGCUAGCUGCUGCUAACCGGUAUCCAGAUUUUAUAACAUUUCAAUAGAACCAGGCUUGCUGUUUCCAGCUUUCAUGCUAAAUUCACCAAUUCCUGGCUGAAACAUAGCUUCAUAUUUAACACAUUGGUAACUAAAUUAUCAUCAAACUAUAUACAAAAAAAAUGAAUAAGCAUGUUUCCCAAAAUGUUUAAGUAUUGCCUUAAACCAAAUUUUCCACACUUUUCAGAUACCUUUACAUAUAAUUAAUUGCUUCAUUUAAAUGUACAUUUUCUGGAUUUGUUUUAAAUCUAUUGAUCAAAAGCAUUUGUUCACACACACACACAAACACUUUGUUACAGCUAAUUUGAACAUCUAAUAAUCUGUAGUACAAGAUACCAUUGUCCCUCAAAAAUGUGAGGCAUACAAAAAAUAAUGUACCUCCCCCCAUCAAUAUGAAUUCAUCGUUUUGCAAUUUACAAAAAGUGUUUUUAAGUGCAUGAUUAUUAAGUCUGUUCAUACACAGCCCUGUUGCAGUGACUUUAAUUCUAAUGAAUGAAGGGUUUAUGUUGGCUGGAAAAGCACAAACAUUGAAGUUAAUUAAGAGAGAAUUUUUCAGUACUUUUGUGUGCUUCAGAGAAGGGCAGACCAAGACAUUUUGGCAAACAUGUCUGCCCCAUGAAUUUUAGAUUUCUAUAAUCAACUAUAUAAGCAAAUACAGUUCUUGAGUUUGGAAUAAAAUAGGAAAUUGUUAAUAAAAAAAAUUCAAAACACUCAUCCGAGCCAUGUUUUUCACGACAUUAAUACAUAGUGCUGUCUUUUGUUCAAAGGGAAAAUAUUUUCAGUCAUUUCAGUCCUCUGAUAUGCUUAAUGUACAACUGCCUGUUAAUAUGCAAUAAUACUGUUUUAGGGUAGGUAAGUGUGAUGUAAAAUAGUAGACACUUCUUUCUCUGUGUAAAUAAUUCAACAUCAAAUAAACAAUUCUUUAAGAUGUCUUAUUUCAACUCUCUUAUGAUGUAACUUAAGUGUAAACUAUGCUUUAAAUGGAAACCACUUCAGACAGCAGACAUGACCCAGUUUACAGCAUUAAAAAAAUCAAAUAAUU